CUUGUGAAAGGAGUAGAAUUCCUUGAAGAUGGUUGAAACUAAUGAUGACUAUCUGAAACGCUUGGGUAUAAAUAUGCACAACUUGGAAAGAGAAAUGAAUUCAGCUGUUGUAAAAGAAUCUAGAUAUUGGAUUGAAAAUGAUGCUAAAAUUAGAGCUGUUCAACAAGGUGUUCCGACAUAUGAUGAUUUCAAGGAGUUGGUCGCUGGAUGCCAUUUGAAACCUUUAGAGCGAUCAGAACUGAUUAAUUCUUCUAGUAAAAAGUCCUCUUGGAAUUAUUCUGCUACGCUAGUGAAUAACAGUACCACAUCUUUUGAACCGAAGUCAAACUCAAGCAUAAAUACAAAAACAUGUACAACUCCACAAGAAUUUCUAUCCCACUGGCGUCAGAUUAAAUCAUCCCCCGUAUUGACUGAUGAUAAUGAUAGGCAUAGCUAUUUAUUCGAGUUAUUAUUUAAUCAAAAAGAUGAAUUAAUGGAAAGCCUUUUUCAUACUGGAUUAGGUGUCUCUUUUUUACCUGAUGUGCUGACAAUACUGGAUCAUGCACUGAUUCAGGCAGAUAACGUAUCAUCAUCAUCACCACCAACAUCAGAUGACAACAAUAGUUAUCAUAUAAUCUGUCAAGUAUUUAGGAUACUUAGAAAUUUUCAAAAAUCUAAACAAUUCCCUGUAGCUGUUGAUUGUUUAUUGGAUAAUGAAAUCAAAGUAGCACAUCAGCUUCUUUAUCGACUGAAAAGGAUUGGAAAUAAAUUUAACAUAUUUGAAGGUAAAGAAGAAGCUCUAAGGAAACUUUUUCACGCUUUUAAUUGUAAUGAUGAUGAAAAGGAUACUUAUUAAACUGACAUUUUUAUUGCAUUCUAAUGCUCAGUUGGCAGCUAAUUUCUUUCUUUGUUUUUUCAAAGGUUUUGUUUCCAGUUCAUUCCAUAUCGUCAUAUCCUCCUGUGAUUCUUUCAGUAAUAUUAUUAGUUUGUUUUUAUGAUUAACGUAACUGUACAUUCAAAGCCCUUUUGCAAAUCUGUAUUAUUUACACACGUUAGGUUUUACAGGAUAUGAUUUUAAAAGUAAUACUAGUAAUGAAAAUAAUAUUUGUAAUAUAAACGAAUACAUUUUUGAUGGU